UCCAUAUUUCAUGCCUUCACCAAAAAUCCCUUUUAGACAAAAAUGGCUAGACUCGCUUUUCUCUUCACCCUUACUUUCCUCCUCUUCACCUUCUCUCACGCCCGCUUCAUCACAUCUGAAUCCCAACAUGAUGUCACCCCCGAAAAAUCCGAAUCCGAAUCCGACCCCGAAUCCGCCAUCCUUCUCCCCAGCGAGAAACCCCACUUUGAACCCCCCAAAUUACUCGACUUCAAGCACGAUGAUGAUGCCUCCGGCGUCGCCUCCGUUCCUUUGACCAGGAUCAGUUUUAACCCUGUCAACCGCCACUUCCCAAGGCGUCCCUUGAUUCCGUUCCGUCACAAGCACAACUGCCGUUUCCAUAAACGCUUCAGGCCUUUGAAUCCACGCUUCCAUCAGAAGCGCUUCAUUUCUUACGGCAACGAUAUGAUACUGUCCAACGAGAGAAGUUUUGACCCAGAGUCACGCGGUGUUGUUCGCCAGAUCGAGGCCAGUUGGGGCAGUUUUGACGAUGAUGGCACCGAGUCUAAGCAUCAUGUAGGUUUUAUGAAGCCAGACCACCAUGACCACGAACACCAUGAUGAAGACCAUGACCACGAGCACCAUGAUGAAGACCAUGACCAGGAGCACCAUGAUGAAGACCAUGACCACGAGCACCAUGAUGAAGACCAUGACCACGAACACCAUGAUGAAGAGGAUCAUGAGGAAGAGCAUCACCACCACCACCACCACCACCAUCAUCACCACCGCCAUCAUCACCAUGGAGAGGAAGAAAGGGAUGAGACAGAGGAGCACGAGGGCGGGUUCAUGGAGAAGUUCCGGAAGUAUUUUAUUCAUUUUUGAAUAUACCCUGCACGUUAUCUAAAAUGAUCAUAGUGAUCUAGUGUUGCAUCUAUCUAUAUGUUUAUUUGGGUAAUUUUCACUUUCUAGUCACCAGCCCUUAGGGUAUGCGUGCAUAUUACUAUUUAGUGUGCCUUACUAUGGGUUGUAAAUAAGAUUGCACUCGUUUGAGAUGAACCAUAUGAUGUUCCUUGUAUUAUAGUAACUGCGCUGUGAGAUUUCAUAUUGCCA